CCAGUUUGCGUGUAUGUGACAGUUGCAUCCAGUGCUGCAGUCGCUCCCCAGAGAAAAGACUCAUUCCCUGCUUCAAAAACUACUUUUCUGUUUCAGUCUAUGUAGUAGAAGGUGAAUAUGGCGGCUAUGCAAUACGUAGGUAUGGACGAUACAGACAGCGAGGACGAGUUACCCCCUGGAUGGGAGGAGAGAUCUACGAAAGAUGGUUGGGUCUACUAUGCGAACCAUGAUGAGAUGAAGACACAGUGGGAACAUCCUAAGUCAGGAAAGAAGAAACGCUGUGCUGGAGAUUUACCUUAUGGAUGGGAGCAAGAAACGGAUGAGAAAGGACAGAUCAUCUAUGUUGAUCACAUCAACAAACGAACCACAUAUUUCGACCCGCGUCAGGCUUUCACUGUGGAGGACGUGAUCGCGAAGCCAAAGCGAUACGACGGAAACACGGCUGCUCUGGAGAUCCUGCAGGGUCGCGACCUCUCUGAUAAAGUCGUGGUUAUUACCGGAGGCAAUGCGGGCAUCGGCUUUGAGACCGCCAGGUCUUUCGCUCUUCACGGUGCCCACGUUAUCCUGGCCUGUCGAAACCUGUCCCGGGCCAACAAGGCUGUUACCCUCAUACAGGAGGAGUGGCACAAAGCCCGAGUCGAGGCCAUGAUGUGUAACCUGGCCUCUCUUCGCAGCGUCAGAGAGUUCGCAGAGUCCUUCAAGGCCAAGAAACUACUCCUCCACAUCCUGGUGUGCAAUGCAGGAGUGUGCACUCAGCCCUGGAGCCUGACUGAGGACGGCCUGGAGUCCACCUUCCAGAUCUGCCAUCUGGGUCACUUCCUGUUAGUGCAGUGCCUUCAGGACGUGCUCCGCCGCUCAGCUCCGGCCCGUGUGGUGGUGGUGUCCUCCGAGUCCCACAGGUUCACGGAUCUGUUGGACUCAUGUGGCAAAAUGGACCUGGCCCUGCUGUCUCCCUCAAAGAAGGACUACUGGUCCAUGCUGGCGUACAACCGGGCCAAACUGUGCAAUGUCCUCUUCAGCAACGAGCUCCACCGCCGCCUCUCGCCGUACGGAGUCACCUCCAACGCACUGCAUCCCGGCAACAUGAUGUACACCUCCAUUCACCGGAGCUGGUGGCUGAUGACUUUUCUCUUCACGCUGGCCAGACCUUUCACCAAGUCUAUGCAACAAGGGGCGGCCACCACGGUGUACUGCGCCGUGGCGCCGGAGCUGGAGGGGCUGGGCGGCAUGUACUUCAACAACUGUUUCCGCUGCAUGCCGUCCGCUCAGGCCCAGGACCAGAGCAGCGCCUCCAUGCUGUGGGAGCUGAGCGAGCGCCUGGUCGCGGAGAGGUCGGUGGGCGUCCAGGCUCUCUAGUGGACCGAGGAGGAUGAGGAGAAGGGUGGCUGAUUGGUCUGGACUUCGUAAAAUAGAACUGUACUCUGACUGCACUAUGCAAGAGCUGCCAAACCCCAGAAGUCCAUCUGGAUAUGUCACAUCACUACAGGCGCUAAAUCACACUACAUAAACAGUAAAUGAGGGGUGUCAUGUACAAUCUACUGGCGAAAAUUAAAAGUUUGAGUCGGGUUCAGCUCUGCUGUGGUAGUUUACAGUGGGACGUCGGGGCGGGAUGUAGGAAUUUUUUUCUUCUUUCUGUGUUUGCCUCUAUAACCUUUGGGGUCGUUUUAUCUCCUUUUUGUCUUGAUCAUAAGUUAAAUGUUCACAUAAAGCAAAUGAUCUGUUUGAAGUACUGUUCAGGUUUAGCUCGGAAGCAUACACUCUCUGGCAUAUGCAUCUGAUUUCAGCAAUAGACUAGAAAACAUGUCUUCCCAAUUGUUGUCUGUAUAUUCGGUAUCCUCUGCCUAGUUUCAUGUUUAUGUUUCCUAUUGAGAUACAGAGUGUUGAUUAACCGUUGUGCUAAAUCUUUUUGGGUGAGAAGAAAUAAAGAGUAAUGGUCGUGUGACUCUCGUGGUUAUAUAAACACAUUAGAGGUAUGAUUUCUAUGGCUAUGUACACUAUUCUGCAUUAUUUCAUAUCAAUGUCCCUAUUUGUUUUCUGUACAAUAUUUACAACAUCCUGAUUUCUGGGCGAGUGUAAAGGGGUGUGGGAAUUAGAUUUUUCUGUUUUUUUUUUUUUUUUAAUUCGACUCCACCAAAGUAUUAAUAAUGUAUACCCCGGUGAGUCUUUAAUACAGUUUAAAGAUAAUGACGGGAUGAUAUUUGUCCAUUUGAAUAACAAAUACACAAGAGGGAAAAUCUUAUUUACAAAGUCCAGGAUCUUUAAUUCGUUUCUUUCCUCUUGUUGUUUGACCAGAGGAAUGUGAAGGUUUCUGUCUUCUGGUUUUCGUUGUUGUUUUUCUUAAUCAUUACUUUUGAGUGUUGAAUUGUGGCUUUGGGUUUUCUGUGGAUUGGAUGCCCUGAAGCCGGUGGUGGUUUUCGUCGUGGGCAAUUUCAAGACAUUGUGCUUUAUGGCAGUCUGGAGGCCGUAGGUUGUUCUUGAAACAGCAAUCCAAUGUCAUGAUAUCUGUAAAAAAGAACAAACGAGAAAAAAACAUUUUAAAAAAAACAAUCUCUUGUACUUGAUGUGAAGGUAUUUUAUCCAGAGACAGUCGAUGUCCAUUCAUUUGCAGGCCAUUAGGGGGAGACGUUUGUGUGGGAAGCUGACAAGUGAGCAACAAGUUUGACUCAAUAAAACAGCUGACUGGG